UCACCGUGAAGCUGCGUGGACGCGGGAGCAGCGAGGGUCUGCAGCAGCUUUCUGCCUGGAUGUGCGAGCGCGCGGCCGGACUGCGGUGCGCUGCGUGGAUGGGACUCCGCCGCCACUCCUGACGCUGCUGCCGGAGCGAAGAUGCGGCUGCGCGGCUCCGCGAUCCUGCCGCUGCUGCUGCUGCUGCUGCGGCUCUGCGGUGGAACAAGUUUCCCAAGUAACAUCAACAUCGGAGGCCUUUUCCCGCCUGGCUCUCAUGAAUAUGAGGUGUUCCGCUUCGCCCUGGCUCAGCAGCAGGAGGUGCCAAAGCUGGUUCCACAAGUGGACAUGGUGGACACUGGAAGCAGCUUCGCCAUGACCUACGCCUUCUGUUCCCAGUUCUCCAAAGGAGUGUAUGCAAUCAUGGGGAUGUACGACCGGCGGACCGUCAACAUGCUCAUGUCCUUCUGCAGCUCGCUCCACGUCUGCUUCGUCACGCCGUCCUUUCCUGUGCGGACCAACAAUCAGUUUGUGCUGCAGAUGCGACCGGAGCUGCAGGAGCCACUCAUGGCCCUGCUGGACCACUUCUACUGGACCAGAUUUGUCUACAUGUACAGCUCCAACUCAGGUCUGUCGGUGUUGCAGAGGAUUUUGGACACGGCAGCAGAGCGCACUUGGCAGGUCACCACGGUUAACUUGGACUCGCUAACAGAAGCGGGAUUCAUUAAGCUGCUGGCCGACCUGGACUAUAAGAAGGAGUUUCAGGUCAUCCUGGACUGCGAGUUGGAGCGACUCAACUCCAUCCUCAACCUGAUUGCUGCUCAGAAGAGGAACCUAAAGAACUACCAUUACAUCAUUGCCAACCUGGGCUUUUUGGACUUCAACUUCACAGAGUUUCAGAAGCUGGCUCCAAAUGUGACCGGCUUCCAGCUGGUGAACCAGUCUGAUGCCAACGUGGAGAAGGUCGACCAGGCCUGGCUGGAGUUUGACAACAAAGAUCUGAAACUGCCCAGAAGAAGGCUCAAGUAUACAGGGGCUCUGACAUACGACGGCGUGAUGGUGAUGGCAACAGCUUUCCAGAACCUCCGCCGGCAGAGGAUCGACAUUUCUCGCCGCGGCAAUGCCGGAGAGUGUCUGGCCAACCCGCCGGCGCCAUGGGGACAAGGCAUCGACAUACAGAGGGCGCUGCAACAGGUGCGCAUGGAAGGACUGACGGGUCACAUCCAGUUUGACGAGCGAGGACACCGCACCAACUACACUCUGUCAGUGAUGGAGCUCAUGCACACUGGGCCUCGACAGAUCGGCUACUGGAAUGAGAAGAGAGGUUACGUGAAUACAGCCACAUACAAGCCCACACUAGAUGAGUUCUACAUCUACGGGCUUCAGAACCGGACCUACAUUGUCACCACAAUACUGGAAGCUCCCUACAUGAUGCUGAAGAAAAACCAUGAGCAGUUUACAGGGAAUGACAAGUACGAGGGUUACUGUGCCGAACUGGCCUCGGAAAUCGCCAAGCACGUGGGCUUUACCUAUAAACUCCAGCUGGUGGGAGAUGGCAAGUACGGUGCCAGAGAUGCUGACACGAAAAAGUGGAACGGGAUGGUGGGAGAACUGGUCUAUGGGAAAGCUGACGUUGCUGUGGCUCCACUGACUAUCACUCUGGUCAGAGAGCAGGUGAUUGACUUCACCAAACCCUUCAUGUCACUUGGGAUCUCAAUCAUGAUCAAAAAACCGACCAAGUCCAAACCAGGUGUCUUUUCCUUCCUGGACCCGUUGGCUUAUGAGAUCUGGAUGUGCAUCGUCUUUGCCUACAUUGGAGUCAGCGUCGUGCUCUUCCUGGUGAGUCGCUUCAGUCCCUACGAGUGGAAGGGUGAGGAGUCCGACGAUGAAGAUGAAACGCUGCCCUCAUCUACCUCUCACAGGACUCAGCCCUUAAUGACAUCUGAGCUGACACAUCCUUCAGGUUACUCUCAGGCUCAGAACCAGAAUCAGCAGAAGGACAAGGAAACCCCGGAAUACACGAAUGAUUUCGGCAUCUUCAACUCCUUGUGGUUUUCACUGGGAGCUUUCAUGCAGCAAGGUUGUGACAUCUCCCCCAGGUCUCUGUCAGGCCGAAUCGUGGGAGGCGUCUGGUGGUUCUUCACUCUCAUCAUCAUCUCCUCCUAUACAGCCAACCUGGCUGCCUUCCUCACCGUGGAGAGGAUGGUGUCUCCCAUCGAGAGCGCCGAGGACCUGGCCAAGCAGACGGAGAUCGCCUACGGAACCCUGGACGGGGGUUCCACAAAGGAGUUUUUCAGACGGUCAAAGAUUGCAGUGUUUGAAAAGAUGUGGUCGUACAUGAGAAGCGCCGAUCCAUCGGUGUUCGUCAAGAGCACCACGGAUGGAGUCAGUCGAGUCAGGAAGUCGAAAGGGAAGUACGCCUACCUGCUGGAGUCCUCCAUGAACGAGUACAUCGAGCAGAGGAAACCCUGCGACACAAUGAAGGUUGGAGGAAACCUGGACUCAAAGGGAUACGGAGUGGCAACACCUAAAGGAUCUCCUCUCAGAUGUCUCGUGUCUGGCCUGUUUCUGCCUCUCCAGUCCAUAAACAUCUUCAUGUGAUUGUGUUUCGCUGCUGUCAGGUAGAAUCCAAUUGAACAUUAGCUUUAUAUUGUGGAUGUCGCGUAUUUUGAGAGAAGCUGCUGAGUCAAGCUUAGAAGCAAAAAAUCGGAGAGGAAUUCUCAUCAUACUGAGGAAAGUACCUCUGACAUUCCCUGUGAAUUGGCACAGGUCCAAUCAGGACGAUCUUCAUACCUCUGGAAAAAUCAAGGUUUUUUUUUUUUUUUGGAGGAAACCGUCACCCAAGCCCUGACAUAAAAGUCGCGACUUGAUUCUACCUGACAGCAGCACUUAAAAGUCGCAAUCUCCUUUCAGCUCAUGUCAUUUUCCGUUGGUCUCUAACAUGUACUUUCACUUCACAUCAGCAUGUAUUGGAAACAGCGGAGCCAGGCGAGGACUAUUCUCACAAAAACAAUAUACAGAGACAGAAUGUCGUUCCACGUCAAAACCUAUCCACAAAAUAGAGGACUGGUUUUGGUGUUUCGGAACUUCUCUUCCAAUUAAAAUCAGAGACAGAAAUGAAAAUAGCAAUUAUAAAACACAUCGAAAAGCUAAAUAGAAAUAUGGCCCUCACUUGUCAGUUAAAGUGCCGCAUGUAGCUCUAAGCUAAUUUAAAGUAGGCAGUGGUUGAGUGAGGGCCAACUUCCUGUUAGGCUAGGUUAGCUGUAGCAUCCAGCCGUCUGUGAUGGUACGUUCCAGUUAUCUCGGAAGUUAGAAUGGGGUGCAGCGCGUUCCUCUUGCCAAAGUCAACUAGGCUAGCAUUAGCUAUUGUUAGCACCUUCUGCAUUGUAGUUCACUCAUUCAGCAUUUCAAAUUACUCUAGAGAAAGGUUUAUAUUUAAAUGCAUCAAACAAUGCUAUGUCUUCGACUGACAUAGUAAAAAACAGUCAAAACAGUCAGUUACUCACUGAGCAGCCAUCUUGGAUUGCGUACUCUGGUUGAAUUCUCCCACCGUCUGACUGGGAAAUCCAACGUCAGAUGACAUCAUGAGAAGGGGGCGGAGCUAGGGAUUUCCCAGACCACUGGAACGCACCACAAGUAGCUGACCUCGUGAUGAAUGUUUCGUUGUCUCUUGAAUAUUAUCAGCAGAAAACAAAGAGUUGUGGCAUCAUCUAUUACACCAUCCUCAUGAACAGGCCGUCAGAUCCCUCAUCACAUGACUCAUCUUGUAAAGGAGAACAACUGUAGUGAAGGAUACUUCACUGUUAAAGUGUAUUCAACCUCUAACUGAUGUCUUAUUUCCUUUUUUCCCGCAAAUAUAUCACUGUUGUUGCUCCUUUAUCUGUCACAGCAUCGUUCACCAGAACAUUAGCAUCAGCAAAAUGUUGUUUUCCUUCACUUCUAUUUGUGUAGUUGAUAUCUCAAACUUCCGGAUGAAAACAGGAUCCAUUUUCUGAGUGCUACAAAUCUUUUUGCAAAAGUUUUUCCAACCUCUAAAUUAGUCCUUAUUCCAGCCACAGUCUUUAGUUACGUUAGUGUGGGAUGCAAUCUUCAUUUACACAGUCCAGAGUGGGAAUUUUUGAACUAGCACCACAGCUUUCUGUCCCCCAUCACCGACGAUCAUCAGCCAUCGUGGGUAGGUUUUUCUUUGUUUGGUAUCUUCCCCUGUUUCCGGUGGCUCCGUCCAGGCUCGGCAUUCUGAAGUGUUCAUGUGGAGACUUUGUUCUGUUCCCUUUUGUUUAGGUAGAAGAACAGUCACUGAAGAGCAGAUACAGUAAAGUGUAAAAAUAGCUUCUUUUUGUGUCUUUUUCUGCGACCAAUCUUGGCUGUCAACUCUGGGCAGAAGCCCAGAAUAAUGAACCGGAAUUGGUGGAGGUUCUUGAAGACGUUCACUUCAAACCCCCUGCAGACUCCGGCUGUUAAAAGAGGUCAGGCCUUUAGACACUCGUGAUGCAACGAGUUACAAAACAAGAGUCACAUCUGCUGCAGCUUCCUCCCGUCUGCUGCUGCUCGUAAACCUGUUUCCUGUAUUUCAUCGUUUCUUCAAGAGCAUCUCUGGCUACUUUCAUAGGUGGCAUCAAAGCCUUUAUCUGGGUCUCCUGGCUGCAGAUCAAAAAGGCCUCGUAACCUGUUUAACUGACUCUUAACUGUGGCUGGAACAAUGGGAGCAGUGCCGACUGUCGCUCCUGCUUAUAUAAGGCUGCUGUAGCAGCGGUGGGUAGAGUUUGACCCACAAGUCGACAUGAAGGAAUACAACAUUUAUUGAACUGUGACUUCAUCCCAU